UUGAAUCUUUUCUCAAAAUUUGAAUUUCUUAACUCUCUUUCUCUCUCUCUUCCUCAAUUAAUAAAUCUGAAAGUUACAAUUUUUAUGCAUUGAACACAGUUCCCACUACCUCAUAUGAAAUUCAAAUUUCCUUAAACCCCAUUUCACCAUUUCGAUUGUUAGGUCACAAACACAAACUAAAUGGGUGCAUGUUUGAGCAAGAAGAAAGCUUCAUCUUCUACUUCCUCCUCACACCCCCUUUCUUCCACCAAAUCACUUUCCACACCCCCAACUCAACAAAAACAUUCUGAUAACAACAAUGUUACAGAAACAGAAACUACCCUUAAGAACAACAACGUAGUACAAGAGAAACAACAAGACCCAGAAGUUGUAGAAGAACCAAAAAAAGAGAUUUUUAUCAUCAAACAUAGAAAAAGCCAUGAUGAAAAAAGAGAGAAAAACUCCAUCAAAAUCACACCUUUCACUGUUCAACACAAUGUUCCAUCACAACAAAAUGAUGGGUUGGUUUCAUCUAGUGAAACAGAAUCAUUGAACAGCAACAAUAAGGUUGGUAGUGUUGUUGGUGUGAGAACUUCAAGCUGUACUAAAGAAGAAGUUGAUGCAAUUCUAAUUCAAUGUGGAAGAUUAAGCAGAAGCUCUUCUGGAAAAGCUGCUACUUCUUCUUCAGCUAGAAAAUAUUCUGGUUCAAAAAGAAGUUUUGAUUUUGAUCAUUGUGAUAACAAUGAUUCAAUUUCAGCUGAAGAUGAACAAAAGAGAGUUCAUGCUCAUGGGAGUGAUAACAGUGAGGAAUAUGAUGGUGUUGCUCGGCAUAACCACCGUCCGCGUCACCGGAAUUCACCAAAGAAAGCUUCUUCUUCUUCUAAUGGAAGGAGAAGGACACCAAGUAGAGAAAGAGAUCAACGUUCGAGUAGUAGAGAGCGAAGAGUGAGUAGAUCUCCUGGAAGAAGAUCAUCUGAAAAUGGAAGCAACAACAACAACAAUAACAAUAACAGUAAUGGUUCUGGUUCAGGUUGUACUAGGCCAGGGAAAAUGGUGACUGUUCCUGCUACUGUUACAUCAUUGGUUAUGGAUAAAAGUAACAAUGGUGGAGGAGAAGGUGUUAAGAGGGUUAAUGUGAAGAGAAAUGUUGCAUCACCACGUUCAAUGUCACCUGCUAGAGGAAAUGUGAAUGGUUUGAAUCAGCAACGUUCAAUGUCACCUGCAAGAGGAAAUGGGAAUGUAGUGAAUCAGAAUCAGCAACCUUCUCUUAGCAGGAAUAACUCUGCAAGGAAAACUGAAGUUUCACCUUAUAGAAGAAACCCUCUUAGUGAAGUUGAUCCUAAUUCACUUGCUUAUCCACAAUCAAAUGCUAAUAAUGGUGGAAGCAAAGUUCAGAACAAAGGCAAAAAGGAGAUUGAAGUGGAGACAAUUCAGAAACCAACUGUUGAAAUGAGGGACAACACAAGAAACAGGACAAACAACAGAGUUGGUAUGGAAAAGGGUGUGAAUUGCCACACAAAGGAACAGCAACAGGAAGAGAUCAAGGUAAUGUCUGAUAAUACUAUUGUGAAGAAUGUGGUGAUGCCAUCAGGGAUUACAAGAAGCAGAUCAUCUAGAAGAUCAAGAGACUUCGACACAGCCAAUCCCGAACCUCUAACCAAUCCACCACAAACCUCCUACACUUCAUUACUCCUUGAAGACAUUCAAAACUUCCAUCAAAAGAACACAACACAACCUUCUGUUUCUCUUCCAGCUUGUCUCAACAAAGCUUGUUCUAUCCUUGAAGCUGUUGCUGAUCUUAACUCCACAACAAGUUCAACUUUCUCUAGAAAUGAGUACAACAAUGUUGCUGUUCCUGAAUCAUCAUUUGUAGAAUCUGAGCUUGUUGUGAGUGAUGAUGUGAUGGAACCAAGUUUACACAAGUAUGUUACUGUUAAAAGAGGUGGUUCACUCUGUGAGGAUCAAGAGAGUUCAGGAAGUAAUAGCUUCACUGUGAGUAGUGGUCAACAACAAUGGAACAUUUGUUCUUCUGGUGAUUCAUCGGAUUGUUGGAGUUCGAGAUUGAAUUCAAAAGAGGAGAGUUUGAAAAGAAGAGAGUGUGAUCAUCAGCAUAGUGGUGGUAUUGGACGUGGAAGACUUGCUACUGCAUCAACAUAGUUGUGAUGAAGAUUAAGACAUUUGGAUUCUCAUUUUCAUGUUGUAAUAACUUGAAUGAUUGUUAUUGAGUUUGAUAUUUCUUCUGUUUGGUGGAGUUGCAUGCUUGCAACAACCUCUAUUAUGUGUUUUUCAUUAUGGCAAAAUUGAAGAUUAUAUUUCAUCUUUGCAAAUUUCACUGUUCUGCUUAUCAACAAUUGUUGUUUUUCUUAUUGCAACUAUGUUGCAUUAUGUUA